GCAGUUAAUCUGAUGGCACAAGGAAAAAGAAAUCUGAUUUGUGGUGAAAUUCCGGCAGCUGUCAAUCAGUUUCAAGAUGCUUGUCAACUCUUAUCUAAAAAUUAUGGCGAGAUGGCAAAGGAAUGUGCUGAAGCAUAUUUUUGCUAUGGACGAUCAUUAUUAGAUUUAGCAAGAAUGGAAACUGGAGUAUUAGGCAAUGCAUUACAAGGAGCAGAAAAGACUGAAGAAAAAUCUGAGAAGACUGAAGAGGAAAUUGUAAAAGAAAAAUCUUAUAAAGAAGCGAAAAAGGCAGAAGACAAAACCGAAAAGACUGAAGAAGGUAUGGAUACAACAGAAAAUCAAGAAAAGCCAGAAGAGAAAAAGGAAGAUGGCAAAGAGAAGAAAUCUGAAGAAGCAAAACCAGAAGAAGAUCCAGAUGAUGUAUCUAAUUUACAGUUAGCUUGGGAAAUGUUAGAAUUGGCGAAAAUGAUUUAUUUAAAAGAUGAAACCAAAGAAGCACAAUUACGAGCAGCUGAAGCCCAUUUAAAACUAGGUGAAGUGAGUCUAGAAACUGAGCAAUAUGACCAGGCUAUAGCAGAUUUUAAAGAUUGUUUAAAAUUACAAGAAAAACAUCUAGAACCAGAAGACAGAUUACUAGCAGAAAGUCAUUAUCAACUAGGGUUAGCAUAUGGUUUUAUGAAACAGUUUGAACAAUCUAUAGAUCACUACAGAGCAGCUAUUAAAACUAUAGAAAGUAAAAUAGGUAAGAUUUUAUAUCCUAUCAAACAGGCAGAACAGGAAAUAAAAGAUUUAAAAGAAAUUUUACCAGACAUC